AUGGCGGCUUCACGCAGCUUGCUUCUUUCCUCCGCCAGGCUGCCUGCCACGUUGCUCCUGGCUGCGACUAUUCCCAUGGCUUCUGGACACGAUCACGAUUCUUCUGAAAUCCCAGAGGGAGAGACCAUCUCGCCAGAGCCACUCGACACGAUAUUAUGGAUUCACAUCUUUAUACAGAUGCUUGCCUGGGGCAUCAUCUUUCCAGUAGGCAUGGUUCUUGGUAUUGUCAAGAAUCGAUGGCAUGCACCUCUCCAAGUCCUCGGAACGAUCCUCGCAUUGCUGGGUUACGCUCUCGGCCAUAUGCACGGCGGCCGCGAAUUCCUGCACACCAACGUCCACUCCAAAUUUGCUUCGCCGCUCAUGUUCAUGCUCUUCAGCCAAGUCAUUAUGGGAAUAUACUUGCGAUUACAUCUAGAGAAGGGCAUUAAUGGCAAGAUCCGUCGCGUUGUAAAGCUAGGUCACGGCAUUGUUGGCAAGGCUUUUCCUGUUCUUGUCUGGACCCAGCUGAUCUUUGGAGGCAUUACUGCGCUGGGUUUCUGCCAGGGUGAACAUGUCGGCCAGUGUGCGGCUCAUUUCAUUAUGGGAGGUGCCUUUAUUGCCUAUGGUAUUAUUCUGACUCUCAUUUUGCUGGUGGGUCAGGUUUGGAUCAAGCGGACAGGCCGCUCGCAGGAGUUCUUCGACAGUACCGUCAUUGCUGCAUGGGGCAUGGUCAACACCUUCACCGAGCACCGCUGGGGUACCGCCUGGGUCAAGAAUGACUGGCAACACACUACCAUGGGCGUCAUCUGGUGGGCUGCCGGCUUGGCUGGUAUUUGGCUCAGCAAGGACCGUGAUGGUCGCCCUCAGCGCAACUUUGUCCCGGCUUUUGUGAUUCUCCUUACUGGCUGGGGCAUGAGUGCUCAUCCUCAGGAGCUGAUGGUCAGCGCCAUGACCCACAAGAUGUUUGGCUGGACUCUAAUGGGAGUCGGUAUUACCCGUCUCAUUGAAAUCUCCUUCGUGCUGCGAGACCGCAACGGCCUUUCCGAGGAUGGUCGCGAGACCAACAGCUUCCAAUACGUUCCGGCUUUUCUUCUGUAUGCCUCUGGAUUCCUCUUCAUGGGUGCCACCGAAGAACAAAUGGCCUUGGUUGCAGCUUCGUCCAUGGACCAUGUCUCUUACAUCUUGAUCCUUUACUCGCUAGCCUUCUUGGUCUUCCUCUUCACCAUGAUGCUCAUUUCCCUCUACGACCGCAAUGCCAACCCAGUAGACCCAGCGAAAACUGCUGUCAAUGGACGACUGGGUCCCAGGCUCAAUGGCCACGUGCCCGUCCGCGAUGCGCAGGAAUUCGAGCUUGAGGGCCUGAUGAGCGACGAUGAAGACGACGAGAGACGAGACCGAGCCCACAGAAGAAUGCAAGGAGACGAAGAUCUUGACAGCCCUACCACGCUGGGUAAGAAUGAGGAAACGGUUGCUCGGUGA